GCUCGUCCUGUUUACUACACCGCCUCUGAUGUGCCAGUCAAACCGCCGAUGUCUGCUCUCCGCCGGCCAGACUCGUCUGCCUCCUCCCCUGGCUGUCUAACGAUUCCACAUCAUGCUAACCCAUCGCCGCAAUCAUUUAUUCAGCAGCAUUAUGCCCUGAAGAAGAAAUGAUGCCAUCAUCACCGUGGUGAAUUCACAGACAGACAGGGUCUGAUCAUGGGAGACAGAAAGAGGUCACCAUGUGCCGACAUCUUUCCAAUUAUGCCCUCAUCUUCCUCUUCCUGGCCUUGUCUGGUCUCAUCUUCCUGCUGCGCAACAUACACACUGUAGAGAACUGGAACUGCCACACUGUUUCCGCCCUCUACCAGCUCCAGAGCAGGAUCCAAUCGUCCUUCAUCCCAGUGAAUCUCCCCACGUUUCACCACAACCAUACCUUCUGUGCCCGCUUGGGCCAGAAACCCUCCCCUGAAGAUGAACUGGAAGAGCGCUACCUUUUGGACUCCAUCGCCUGGCCCAGACCUCCACCUCGCUCUGCACCACCUGCCCUGCGACAGACGAGUAACGCUGUGCACAGCCUGUUCGCCAUCCUUCCCACCAAAGAGGGAAGGGCGUGGCAUGUGGGAGACCAGCUGGAGGUCCUCGUCCAAAUGCACGACUUCCAGGGUCGACCAAAGCACUACGGAGGGGAUUUUCUUUUGGCUAGACUGCACAACCCAGAGCUGGGAGCAAGUGUAGCAGGGCAGGUGCUGGACCACAGAAAUGGAUUUUAUUCUGCUUUGUUCCCACUCCUGUGGGUUGGGUCUGCACAGGUAGAGAUUACACUGGUGCAUUCCAGCGAGGCUGUGGCUGUGCUGCGGCGGUUGAGAGAGGAACGGCCAGAUCGGGUGUUUUUUAAGAGCCUGUUUCGCCUGGGCUUUCUGUCUGAAACUACUUUGUGCAACAUGUGUCUGCCUCCAGACCAGCAGCCUCUGUGCAACUACACAGACCUAUACACAGGAGAGCCCUGGUACUGCUACAAGCCGAAGAUGCUCAGCUGUGACACCAGAAUCAACCAUGCCAAAGGAGGCUACCUGAAACACCUCAUCACCAACAGAGAAGCACUGCUCUUCCAGAGUGGUGUAAACCUCAAAGUUCAAAUUCAUGCUUCAGGAGUCGACAGAAUCAACAUACUGCCUCCCAGGGAAGAUAAAGUUGGGGUGGAAAGCAGCAGUGUAAAACCAGAUCCUGCCAAACUAGCACCAUCUGGGUAUUAUUAUGAAGACUCAUGGCGACCUUUAGGUGACGUACCAGUGCGCCAAUUCAAUGACUCAUCGGCCAUGACGCAGUGUUUGAGGAACAAAGUGGUCAACAUGUACGGAGACUCCACAGUGAGGCAGUGGUUUGAGCACCUCAUUAGUUUAAUGCCAGAAUUAAAGGAGUUCAACCUGCACAGUCCUAAAAACGUGGGGCCUUUCAUGGCAGUGGACAGUACCCAUAAUAUCCUCUUAAAAUACCGCUGCCACGGCCCGCCUAUCCGCUUCUCCACCGUCAUCGCCAGCGAGAUGCGGUAUAUCUCAAAUGAGCUAGAUGGCCUUGCUGGAGGCCCUGACACCGUGGUGGUUCUCAGCAUUUGGGCCCAUUUCAGCACCUUCCCCGUGGAGGUGUACAUUCGCCGUCUCCGUCACAUCAGACGUGCUGUUUUACGACUCCUGGACCGAGCGCCAGGCACGGUUGUCGUGAUCCGCUCGGCUAACCUGCAGGCUCUGGAUCAGGAGGUGAGCUUGUACAACAGUGACUGGUUCUCCCUGCAGCUGGACCAGGUGCUCAGGGCCAUGUUCAAGGGCCUGGAUGUACAUCUGGUGGAUGCCUGGCAAAUGAGCGCAGCACACCACCUCCCUCACGCCCUCCAUCCUCCUCCAGCCAUUAUUAAGAACAUGAUCAAUGUGCUUUUGUCUUACAUUUGCCCUGAGAAGAAAAAGAGCCCAUACUCAUAGACGUAUAAUAAGUAAGAGGGACCUGAUUGUUUCAUGACAGAUUUCCUAACUGAUCACUUCCUCUGUUUUCAAAGAGGAAGGCUGUGUUAGAAAUAGCAGUGAUCUCCAAAGCUACAAACCCUUUAAAUGCCAUCUGUUCUGAGAGGUUUGCCAGUCUUCUAGGACUGAUCUCUGUCUCUGCUUUUUGUUUUUCAUUUUAAUCCCACAAAGCAAGAUUUAUUUUCAACGCACCAAAGACUUCAAAGCACCAGUUCUUACUGCCCAUCUGUGGUUGUUGCCAAAGUGUGCAUGCAUCUGCCAUUGCAAUAUUUUCCCAUUAGUUGCCAAUGUUUUCUUUUGGUAUUCCUUCAAGGUUGCAGUUUUAAAUUCAUAUUUAUGGACUUUUAUUUGCCAAAGCGAAAGACUCAGUGACUUUUUGUUUCUCAGGGUGUUGUGUUAAAAUGGGGGUCUUGUGAUCAGCACAAGAUCCAUUCCUGAGUUGCAUCAGGCUGUUUAAAAUGCCAAAAGAAUGCAGCUUCUGGAUUUAUCCUCCAUCCAUCCAUUUUCUA